AUGGAGCUGUCUACUUCAGGAAAAAGCGUGAUAGACUUGAAUACGUCUUUCGUCGGUGGAAACGGAAGAAAUGGUUUGCAAUCUAAUGGAACAACGAAUGGCGGUAAGCUUCGAUAGCGUUCUGGAUGAUCGAAAAUUAUUUUCAGUCUUGUACUGUUCUUUAGAUUUCCUGUUAACACAGUUGAACGUUAAAAUACCCUUUUAUACAGUUUGCUACAAAAAGCUGCCGUAGUACUUACUACAUAUAGGAAGCAGAGGAUAGCUUAUCAAAAUGUUGUCUUCAUGUUAUAACUGAGAAGUGGACACCAGCAGAAGAUAGAUUUAUUAGCAAUUCAUGUUUGUCAUGUCUAGAUCUCAAACAAAUCAGUCCAGUAUUGGUAGCAUUUGAGCAAGAACUUUCAAGAUUUAUUAAAUACAUAAAAAAGAAAUCAGAACCAGGACUGAAGACCAAGAAGAAUGACGAAGAACCUCUGGCAAGAGGGUAUGUACACGUAUAGCUGUACAUGUACAACGUAAAUGUUUGGCGUGUUUUGUUUGUCUGUUGAUUUUUGCGUUGAACUUUUGCAUCCAUCUGAAAGUUUAUUCUGUUAACCGAUCACCGCAAAUUUCUCUGCGCACCACUGUCUUAAGAAUCUUGUGUUUGAAUUCAAAACUGUAUUGCCUAUUUAUAAUUGUUUUGACUUUCUCAUUAUCAACCAGUUUGAGGAUGUAUAUGUAAAACUGUGAAACAACGUUACAGUACUGAUCUGUCUUUGGAAUCAUAAAAUCAAAUAUAUUUGUGCAUAAUGCCUUUAUAUAUAUUCCUCUUAAGAUGUCAGAAUGAUCACGAAAAAGUGUUUGAUGUAUUUUUGCGUAGUAACAUUUGAGGAUCCACUAUUUUGUAGUAAUUUUUGUUUCCUUGUAUCAAUUCACGGAAAGGUCAAACACAUUGUUUUCCAUGUGGAACACAUAUGAGAGCCGUUUACCGCAAUCUUACUAUCAAGAGAAGCUUUUAAACACUGGAGAUUUCCUUUUCUCUGUCAAGGUAAACAAAUUGCAUUGCAGUCUUAUGAAAAAGUUACAUGUUUGUCUAUGUCUGCAUGCUUUUCAUGUUUGUAGAAACAGGAUUGACCAACUUAAUUCCUUACCUUAGCAAGUGUUUUUUUUAAAUUUUUUUUUGUAGUGACAUACUUGAAAAGUUGGAGUUGUUAAAAUUUUUGGCAGUUUACUUUUCUCAUUUUUCAUGGAAGGCAUAACUGUGUGUAUAAUAUUAUUACCCCAAUAUUUGUCAUGUAAUUAUGUUUGUGUCAACUUUGGUUUUCUUUGAAAGGUGGUAAGUGAAAAAAUCUGAGAAUUAAUGAAAGCCCUUAACUUCUUUUUAAGACACUGAACAAUUUGAGCCACAUCUUUAGUAUUCCAGCAGUUUUAUACUGAAAAAAAAACAAAUAACAAGAUUGGGUGGAAAGUUUGUGACAACUAUGAUUCUUCAAUGUACUUUUUUACCAGCCUUAAUUUGUACAUAUUCUAACAUCCUGAAGGAAUACAAACUUGCGCAGUUUCACUGCUAUGGAAGAUAUCUGGCUAAACAUGUUCAGAGGAAUCUCACACUUAGUGAGACUGCAGAGCUGGAUGCAGAUAAAUUUUACAAGAUGUAUUUGCCAAAUGGUCUUGACAAUCUGGCUUCUGCUACAAUGGUGGUAAGUGAAAUACUUGUUUAGUUAUAUAAUCCCAAUUCUGAUAAAGUCUUUCACUUGUCAUAUACGUGUAUUAAGCCUGAAAGGCAUCAUGGAUUACAAAAUUCUACAUCUGUUAUAUAUAUUUUAUCCAGGCAGAUAAUUUUUUCACAAGCAGGAGCUAAUUAUUUUUCUGUCGUGAAGAGAAGUGCAUUUUUAUCACCUUGCUCUUUCUAUAUUUCAUGGUCCAGUUAUUUAACACCCAUUCUUUUAAAAAUUAUUUCUAAUACAUUACAGCUCAAAGGUACUUGGCCCUAAAUUCACACAAGAAAACACCUUUAAAAAAAAUAUAAAAAAAAAAUGUAACACUGUGCAUAGGGUCUUAUGGGUUAUAGGAUGAUUUCCCAUUAUUUACAGUAGUUACCAUUUCCGUAGCUCAGCUGGCUUUACAUUAUUAGUCCUGAGAAACAUUACUUAAAUUUAAUUCUGUGAUUUUGUUUUACAGUAUAUCAUAAGAAAGAGAUAAAAAAAGUGUUCAUGUUGUUGUUGUUGUUGCAAAAUUUUAAACUAAAUAUAAUUUUUAAUCAUGACAGCUGCGAUCGGCUCUCGGUGAAGCUAUUUGUUUUUAUCAUGUGAACACUGCUGAGGACCCAAAACUGCAGGUACUGUUAACUGAUGUACAAUUAUGCACCUUUUCAUUUUACCAACUUAGUGGCAAGCACACUGUAGCUUGCAAGGUAACAAUGACAGGGAAGCCCUUCUGAAUUGGAAAACUACUUAGUGCUUUAACGAAUCUUUUAUCCAGUUAUGUGGAUCCAUGCCGGCAUCUUGCAACUUAGGAAUUUUUAGGGAACUUAGCACAUACCUUUCUAGAAAAUAUUUGUAGAUAUUACUUAAACAUGUUAUCUUAUACUUUUAAUAAAAUUAUAAGUCAUAGUCUAUGUUAAAUAUGAUGUAACCAUUUGAAUGUUUUUAAUAUCUAUAUUCAUAUGAAAUAAUUUCCAAAUUUGCAUAUUUUUAGGUGUAAUUAUGUUGUCAACCAUUUGACCCCUAAGAGUGACCAGCAUCUAAUUUCUCCUGAUGUGAUCACCCCUGAUCCAUUAAUAUUUAAGUCACGAGAAUCAAGGAAAUGAUCACAAAUUAAAGAAGCUCUUGAUUGUUAAACAAAUUUUCCUUGUCAGCACCAUAGAAAAACUAUUUUUAAUCACAAAUUAUGCAUACUGAUGUUAGGGUUUAACUCUUUAACUCCCACGAUCUGAUCGUCAAUUCUCCCCUCUUGUGACUACACAUUACCUUGUUAAUUACUUAUGAGAAUUUGUUGUUCGAUUAAGAUAACAUCUUCUGCCUGUUUAGUUAAUGUAUUCUCUUUAGCUGUAAGUUUGGAUGAUGUAGGGAUACUCUUAGGAGAAGUUACACAUUAAUCACUUCUGGGAGUGAAAGGGUUAAAGGAUUACUAAAUGCUUAUUCUCUCUUCUUUGAACACUUGAACUACUUGGUAUGAAUUGCAUUAACUCUUUAACUCCCAAGGUUUCAUUCGUAAUUCUCCUUACUGUCUGCCAAACAAUUUAUGUGAUGUUAGUUUGGAGAAUUUGGAAUUGGAUCAACCAAUCCCCUAAUUGAUAUUUUUCUUUAUUCUCAUUACUUUUCUGCUUGAUAUCAUAUCGAUAGUGUAAGGAGAAAUUCUUUCUGGGUCAUUAGAGGGACUUAAAAGGGUUAAUUACUAUUCUGAGAAAGUAGUUUUGAACAUGUGCCUAGUCAGGAAUUAAACCACAGAAAGAGAAACUGGGACUAAUCCAGAUGUCACUGCAGCUAUAUAUUAACCCUUUCACUCCUGAGAUCUUAUUAGUAAUUCUCCUUACUGUCUGCUUUACAAUUCUUAUAAUGUUAGUUGUGAGAAUUUGGUCUUUGAUCAACUUAAAAUCCUUUAAUUUAUAUUUUUCUUUAUUCUCAUCACUUGUCUGCUCAAUAUUGUAUUGAUAUUGUAAGGAGAAAUUCUGCCUUGGUCACUCAUGGGAGUUAAAGGGCUGGUUUUUAACUUAAAUUUAAGUUUGGCAGCCAAAUCCUGAGAAGAAAUGCUAGUCAGGUAUUCCAGACGCCAUCUUGACAACUGAUGUUUUCAUUAGUUGUUAAAACGGCUGCUCAAAUACUUGGUCACUUCUUACUGGGAGAUAAGUUUGGUAUUGAAUUGUACAUAUGUUAAUGUGUGGUUGGUAGUCAGUGGUCAAUUUUGAACACACUACACAUAAUUUGACUCUAUUUAACAAAUAGAUUCCAAGUUGCCGAGCAUCUGUUCAGUAAUAAAUCCCUGUGGGGAUUAAGAGUGACGAUUUGAAAAAAGAUAAAUGUAAGAACAAAAAAGUGGCACUGAUGUUCUUACCACAUUUUGAUGUCCUCUGUGAUCUAUUACUGAACAGAUGCACAGUAACUUGGAAUCUAUUUGUUUUAUAUAAUAAAGAAUUAAAAAAGGUUUUAAUGAUGACGUCAUCUAUACGUCUGUCCUCCAAUAGGUCAUAAGUGAGAACCAAUCAGAAUGCAUGUAUAACUGAGCUUAUUAUAUAAAAUAUAAUAGCAAUUAUUGUGUUGAGAAUAAGAAGCCAAUUAAUUUGUAUUUGACAAAAAUGCGAACACCAUGUGUCAUUUGUUAGGUGUGUUCUGUGACUUUGCUAUAUGACUGUACACUGGAAGUUAAAAAAUGACUAAUUGUAAUUGCCAUAGGAAGGAAAAAACAGAGCAUACGGAAAGAACUACUAGAGAUGUUGGUUAUGCAAGACUUGAAUUUUACUUUACUACAGUAGUAUUAUAUAAUUAACAAAGAUAAUUGAGAAGGUUGAUUAUCAAAGUCAGUAAUUGAGGAUAAUCACAACUGUGUGUAAUGUCAAGAGCUCAGUGAGGGUGCACAUGCAAUCUUUUGACUUCUGUUCAUAUAUUGGAAGUUCAAGUCCAAAAACCUAACAAUUCUCAUAAUUACAUUAGAAAUCUAGCAUGCUUCAUAAUCAUUAUCAUUAACCCUUUAACUCCCAGAUCAAAUUUGUAAUUCUCCUUACUGUCAACCAUACAAUUCUUAUAAUGUUAGUUGAGAGAAUUUAAUAUUGGAUCAACUAAUUAUCCCAAAUUGAUAUUUUUCUUUAUUCUCAUCACUUAUCUGGUUUAUAUUGUAUUGAAAUUGUAAGGAGAAAUUCUGUCUUGGUCACUCAUGGGAGUUGAAGGGUUAACAUGCUUUGAACUAUGAUAAUAUUGACUACCCUCUUCAUGCUUCAAUUUAGAAUCCUGAUAUAGUUUCUCAGUGUGUGGCUGCAUUAAAAGUUCUACGAUUGACUACUCAAACCUCCUUGCGUAAAGAAGAAUUGUGUUGGCUGGUCUUCAAUGGUAAGCAGAAAUUUUCUGUUCUUGCUAGCGGUGGCUUAACAUUGCCACAUAGUAUUACUUACAUGUAAGUUACAUUAUUAUAAGCUCUAGCAAAUUUCCCCUCUGAUUGCAAUGUAUGGUUCGCUUUUUCCACAUGUUACAGCACAGAAUUGUGAAAAUUAUUUUGCUAAAGCUUGAUUGUUAUGUGAGUUGAAAUGUACUUGUACAGUGAUGGCAUAAGUUUAGCAAUACACUAGAUUUUUCAUGUCUUUCUAAAUGGAAAAAAGACAAAAUCUUAAAAAAUGAUCAAUUUGUGGCUUGGUAACUAAAUUUAAGAGCAAAUUGAACAGUAGAUUGCUGUUGUUUCUUUAAAUUUCUCAACAUUGAUAUGACUGUGGAUUUAUUCUUUUUUAUCAGGUACUGUGCAUAUUUACUCCAUCUGCAGACAUCUAAUGGCUUGUGGACACAGCAGCAAGGUUAGAAAUCAACCACAACUACACAUAAAAUUGUAAUAAACAGAAAUAUCAACUGAGUCCCAAAUUUAUUUUGGAAUUGCAUCAAUUUGGUUUAAUAUUUUUUUGUUGGUUUAAUGACACUUUGUUUUACAUGUAACCAAUACAAACUCUUUCAUGGCCACAUUGUCUGAUAGUUUGCUGUUGAUGAUAGCAGCUCAAUAUUAUCAACAGAUGUGUGAAUGUAAUGAUGAUUAUGAUUGUGAGGAAUCAUUUUUUUAAAUUUUACAUGAACAUGGCUGGACUGCUGAACUUUGGAACUUGUUACCAUCUAGUGUAAAAGCAAUCUACUCUUUUUCCUCUUUAAGGUCCAGCCUAAAAAAUAGUUAUCUCUCAAAAUGAGAAACUUAUAACCCUCCUGGCUACUGAUAUAUGUUUAUAUGUAGUACUGUAGUUUCUCAGUUAUAAGGCACAUGGUUUUUUCAAGAAAAUUCUGUCUUCAGGUGGAAAGUUAGUGCUGAAAUUGGGGUGUGUCUUUUAGAAAAAAAAUGCUGUUCUACAUGUGAGCUACUGUUGGGUCAUUAAAUUCUAAAAGAUUUGUAAGGGUGAUGGAAGGUUUAAAUUUGUCAUGACAAACUGUAUCACUUUACCAUCAAGUGGUUUGAAUCCAUUUUUUUCUUUUUGAAGGCUCUAGAGUUCCUUCUCUGGGCUUGCAUGUGCUUGGAAUCAUCUGUUCCUCUCCUCACUGUCAAAUACUUAACAUGGCGUAGCACCCUGUACACUGCUGUCUGCCAGUGUUACUUUGAUCUCAAAGUACCCAUGCACGCAGAAGCAUUUGCUAAAAGAGGCUUGGGCAAGGUGAAUGAACUGCAGGAAAUUGAAAAGAUGAGUACAUCAGAGGCCACUCCAGAGAGUGAAGCAGCAUUUCGACAAGCCAAGACAAAGAUGCAAGUCAUGAUAUUCAAGAGGGUGGUGUUUGAGACUCGUAAAAGACCAAAAGGUCUUUUGCGUCCAAAGACAAAACCUAACCUCAAGGAUUUUGCUCAUGUAAGUAAUCUUAUUACGGGGAUACUUUGGUAGGUACAUGUUCAGCUGCAUUAGUGCGUACAUGUUCAUACGUAUGUUUGUAUGUAUUCUAUGUAUGUAACUAUGUGAAGUGAGAUAAUUUAGUUAUCAACUGAGUUGAAAACAUAAAUUGGCCAUAGUAAAGAGUUUCAAAGCUGACGUUUCGAGUGUUAGCCCUUCGUUAGAGCGAAUGAAGGAGUUGUGGUUUGUGUGCGUGUUAUCAAGCAGAAAAUGGAGCUACGCUAUCAGUGGGAACAUGGUACAGAGAAAAACAAAAAUAAAUUUAUUGAACGAAAAGCUUUUGUUGAUACUGUGGGGAUUAAGAGUGACGAUUUGAAAAAUGAUAAAUUUUGUUUUAGAGUUUUGCGGCUUUGCUAACUGCCCAGAUGUAGGGACUAGCUAACCUUUCAAUCCAAUAUUUUAUACAUCUUUAAUUACCUUGUUGAACUCACGAUUUAAUUAUCCUGUAAUGAGACAAACAAACCUUUUCUCUUUUCCUCUCCAGCAUGCAUGGCCACGGACUCCAACUGAACGUCUCAUGACAGACCUUCAAGGCACGGCUGCCAAAUUUUUGGCCAUAUUAGAGGCCCUCAGUGAGACAUACAGACGUACACUUCACUGCGAAGCACCAACUCCUGACGCAGAAGACACAGCCAUAGAUGUGUGUGCUGAGCUGUUCUUUGCAGGAAUGGAGAUAAUUGCUGGCGGUGGAGGAAUAAAACAGGCAUUGAAACAUGACGGAGUAAUUCAUCCUUCUGUGUGGGAGCUGCAGAACACCUCUAUCAUGGAGCUUGUGGCCAAAGGUAAACGUGAAAUUUUGUGCAUCUUUUCCUCCUCAACUUUCUUGUUCUCUUCUGCUUACCUGUUUUCUGCCCUUUGGUUCAACUCUCAUCAUCUUGUCAGCUUCUCAUCUUCUUUUUAUAAUUUUCAUUUCCAUCGUGAUCAUGAUCAUCAGUCAUCACCUGUGUACAGUUGGAGGUUGUGGUUAAACCCAAUAAUAUCAUUUCAUUCGUUUUCAUGGUCAUGUUUAAUAUUAAAUUAAUUGUAAUUUAAUCUGUACUUUUGUUGUCAUCUUCUCCCCCCUCUCCAGCUCUUGUCAGUUCUUUUGUGCCUCCUUUUCCUCCUUAUUUUCUCACUCUCACUUGUAACCCUUCCCCCUUCUUUCACCAGUCCUUCUCUUCUUUCCUCCACUGUUCUUCAUUGUUCCUCUUUACCAAUGCUUUCCCUUCCCUCAUAUCCUUGAAUCCUUCCCUCAUCACUCCUCGUCAUCACCUCUCUCACCUUGUUCACAAAUGCGCCAUUAACAAUUCUCUACACAUACAGAAACAGUUAUUUAUGAGUUUCAGACUCACUUCUUUUCAAAGGGUGAAUCGUAACAAAGCAAAAAAACCUUCACUAUCUCGUUUUCUCUUCCAGGUGAGAAUGGUGUACCCCUCCCUGCUCUGGUCAAAUUUGUCAAGCAUGCAUUCAGUUAUGAACACUGGGAACCAUUUGGACAGCUGAUUGAGCCAACCCUUCAGCUUCUACAAGAGCAGAGUGAUAUUAACAGUUUGGUGGAUAUCAAAACACUGCAGCUCAUGCUGGCGCUGGAGCCGUUUUACAAUACUGUUAAAAAAACAAAGAAAACACCUGCACAAGCAGACGAGGGUGAAACAGGGCCCCAUGCGCAUGGUAAGUGUGUGAAGAAAUAUUUGAUGUUUUUACCGCAAUUGGUAGUAAUGUUACAAUCUGAGUGACCAAUUUGCCGUUGUUAAGACAACGCUGCACUGGUCAACGUGUCACGCAAUGGUCAGGCGCUGAAAGAAUCGUUUUAUCUGACGUCAAUAUUGUGGUAAAAAGCAAAUCGACAGUGGUUUAGUGUGGUCUGUACUCUUAUCAAAAACGACAUGCGUCAUCACAGGGGUUAAAAUUUGAUACGGACAGAACAUCAUUUUGUGAUGCGGUCCGCAACAUUUCGUGUCAAUCUAUACUAUAUUAUUACUAUAAGUACUAUCUUCUCCCAUUAUGUUUUAUUUAUUUUAUGCAUCUCCAGAUAAGUUGUAAGAUCCUAAAUAUUCCAUAAUUAUUACCUCAGAACGUUGAUACUUGAUACAUGUUCAUGUACUUAUCCAUCCCCAAGAUAAGAGAGUCAUCCCUUGAAGAUGAGCUUUACUCUUGUGAAAUAGUGGUAAUAUAACUAUAUAACCUCAAAAUUCAUGACUGAUUGGCAUGACAAUCCAAUGAAAUUUUCCUUUGCCCUUUUUAAUUUAGUCAACAUGCUUCUUUCUGCAGGGUUUGCAUAUUUUUCUUUUCAAUAGUAAGACAUUGGUAACACUUAGCAACAAAUUGUACAAGUCUUGAGCAUCAUACUCCUCUGAUAAAUGAAUUGCAAUGUUCUACCAAAAGAUCUUGAACUUUUGCUGUUUUGCAGGGAGAACUGGAAGUCCGCUUGAGGAACUAACGCAUUUAGCGGAUGUUAUUCAGUCAUGCUCUGAGGAGCCUUUUAAGGUAAAUCACAUUGUAGUUAGUUAAGGCUUUUUCAGGGGGAAAUCGUGUUUUGAAACCGGGCUUAGUUUUCCAAGGGGCCGGUAACGCUAUCCAAUUGAAUAAAUCGCUAUCCAGCAGAGAAUAUUACACAAAACGUACUGCGCUAUCUACAGGAUAGAGACUUACAGUAUCUUAUGGACAGCAUCCUUCAUCUUUCUUUCUGAGAUGCAUUGGUUUUGCUUUGCUUCCAACAGUACUUGAUCUUUAAAGGAGAUUAAGGGAGAUGAUCACCAAUUAUUAAGAAGCUCUUGAUUGUUAAACAAAUUCUCCCUGUCAGCACCUCAGGAUUUGUGUAGUGAACAGCAUGGAGAAUAUGCAUACUGAUGUCAGGGUGUAGAGGGUUUAGUUUUGGUUUUGCUAAAACCUUGCCCCACCUCACAGAGAACGCCUUGGUAGACGUAGCCAUGUACAAAGUUUUCGAAGUAAUCACAAUGUCCAGUCAUGUACACUAUGUGUUUUACUUUUUCUGUUUUCUUUUUCAGUCUGCCAUCCUGAUGAAAGACAUUGAUAUGAUGGUGGAUGCUUCUCUAUUCCUUUGGUCAAAAUGCAAGCCUCAUUUCCAGAGAAUCAUGUCUUCGUCUCUGGAGAACUGCAAACAGCUGUUAAAUGAUGUAUUUUUCAAUCGUGUAAGUAUGACAUUUGUUUAUUUGCUUGAACAGUGUAUGACGUAACAGGGUAAUUCAGUAUUAUUAACUGAGUUGAUAACGUAAAUUGGCAACCGUAAAGACGUUUCCAGCGUAAGCCCUUCGUUAGAAUGAACGACGAAGGGCUGACGCUCGAAACGUCAGCUUUAGAUCUUUUAUGGUGACCAAUUUACGUUACCAACUCAGUUGACAAUACUAAAUUACCCUGUUAUACUCUCCCACCGACACAGUACCACAGUUUCUUUAGAAAAUGUACGUGUUUCGCUUUCAAUUUUUAAUGUACGUAUUUUGAUAUCAAUUUGUCAACGAACUUUGGUUUCUAGUCAUUCAUUUUCAGUAUCUUCAUUCUUUUCCAGUGGCUAUACAUUCUGACAGUGGCACACACAGCUCUCUCCUGGAGUAAUGCUGCACUUUUUGAUCCCAUUCUCAGCGCUGAAGUAACACUGAAGUUUUCUCUGUUGUUGGAAUGUAAAGCAGGUACCACUGACAACUCCAGGAUCGGCAGCACAGAUAUCUUGGAGACACCAACAAUUCCUGUAUCCCCAGAGACGGUGGAUAAUAAACAGGUGAGAUACUAACCGUUCAACCCCCAAAAGUGACCAGCAUGUAAUUUCACCCUACAAUAUCAUCCCCUGAAUCAAACAUGAAGGUCAUGAGAGUAAAGAAAAUGAUCAUUCACUAAAUAAGCUCGUGAUUGUUAAACAAAUUCUUUUUGUCAGCACCUACGGAAAUGUAUAGAGAACAGUGUGGAGAAUAUGCAUACUGAUACUUGGGUGAAAAGAAUCAACAGCAGAAGAAAAACCAUGUUAAUGAAACUUAAAGGAUGGAGAUAUCAUCUCACAUCUUCAUGAACAGGGGGGGGGGGUGGGAGACGUGGUAAAAGAAAUAGAAAUUGAGAACGAUGUACAUGUAAUAGCAGAGAAAAUAGAAAUGACGUGGCCAAGACACUCCUAAAACGUUGUAUGACUUGAAGAUGAUCUGCGGGAAACUGUGGAGAUCUAAACUUAACCGAUGUGAGUUGACCCUGAUAACCUUGAUUGCGAAUAAGAAAACAAAUCAAACCCGAAACUUAUACCAAUGAUCCCCAGAAGAACAAAAUUUUGUGGUAAAAUAUAACAGAAUAUACAAGGUAAAUUUUGGAGCCGAACAAAAGUGAUAAAGUGCCAAAACUAAGGGGGAAAAAUCCAUCACUUGCCAAACCAGACUGUAAGCGAGAGUGAAGGAAGUAUAUUCAGCUUGGAGUGUGGCCGCAACAUUUCGUUUUUUUUUUUUUUUUUUUUUUUCACAUUUGACUAUGCAGGAGAAAGCUGAAGGAGAGUCAUCAGAAAAACCUGCCAUGGGUCCUGGGUCUUUGAGGAGUCUUUUUACAGACGUCAGUCAACAAAUGAUAGUGGCCAUGGGUGGGGUGUCUGUGGGUGUAAGAGAGGUGCUCAAUAAGGUACUGGGCAUCCUGGACCAGGGACUCAGGGAUAUCACCAAGGCACGUGAUACAGUUAUUGAUACAAGAAAGAGGAACAUUGCUGAUAUCAGUUGGAUCAAGGUAAGGAAGCAAUCAGUAUUUAGGUCUUAGUUCUAAGUUAGUGAGUUAGUUAAUGAGCUGUCAGUGGGCUUGGAUCAGGAGCCUGGGCUUGAAGCUUUACCAGGUCAUUGUGUUGUGUUCUUGGACAAGAUACUUUACUCUCGCACUGCCUCUUUCCAGCCAGGAGUAUACAUGGGUACUGGAAAAUUGCCAAGGAAUCCUGUCGAUAUACAGGGGUGGUAACUUGCGAUGGACCAAGGGGGGUUGACAAACUCUAAUUCACGUUAUGCCGCAGAAACCGGGAAUGAAUAUUGGUUGUUUUGGUCCACUUGCCCUCAAGGCUUAACCCUCUGAGUUAUUGUUCAGAAAACAGCAGAUUUAAUAGAAAACAUGAAUUAGGUUACGCCUCAAUAAAGUCUGAGUAACGCCCACUGUCUGACUAACUGACAUACUGGCUGGCUUGCUGACUUACUACUGUAACUGAGCAAAACAAACCUAAAAAUUUGUAUUUUUAAAACAGGCAUAUUUCCCGUUUGUUUGUUUUCAUCUUUCCUUCAGCCUUCAAGAGUAAGCAAACCCAAAACGGAAGAUGGUGACACAGAACAUCAGGAUUCUAACUUGCUUGAGCGGAUGAUAGAAACUUUGCACAUGGAGUUGCUGUUUGUUCGACAUAGAGUUGCUGUAAAGCUUGUCAACUUGGGGCAAGGUGAAGCAAUAAGUAUUCAAUAUCUUUUCAUGAAGGCUUCAAAAUUGGAAGAGAUUUUCGUGUACAUUGGAAAAUAAAAUCUUUCCAGAUUGAUGCAUGACAAUCAAACCGCUGAAUGUUUCUCGUUUUCUUGUACAGAACCCUGUGAACCAAAGAGAUCAGCCAAAAAACAGAAGGUAAUUGAAAGCAUAAUAUUUAAAAUUAUUACGUGAUCAAACCAAAGUGGCUGUGAGCCACUGAACUCGGAAAAUAAAGGGGUUGGAUGCUAGGCCACUGAACUGACUCCAAUUCUCAACUAUCAGUUGAGCCCCACGCAAGGAGACUUACGUAAAAGUUAACAGGAAUAGAAGGAAGGAAGAAAGGAUUGAUUCAGUGUCGGCGUGAUGGAUGAAAGGAGUGAAUUUGGGUCGUUACAACAACUCGAAAAUGGCUUUCAGCCAUUGUCCGAGUUGAAGAUGAUGAUGCUGGUAAAAUCAAACAGUCAUCCCUAAAUUUUCGUAUCUUAACCUACAGGAGAAACCAAAGACUAGCGCAGGUUCCUUGCAGUUUAGUAAUGCAGAGAAUGAAUUGCUAUCUGAGUGCAACCGGAACCCGCUGUCCAAAGCUCUGCUGCGCAUGCACAUGGCGGGACAGGCUGUUACGUCACAGAGUCAUGUGGGAACUGAAAGACAAACGCAGCUUCUCAAGGUAUGAUGUUUCAAGUAAUCUGUCACAGUUUUGCGUAGGAGCCCUCAGCAAGUUGUUGUAUUGUGCUCCUAGGCGAGACACUGUACACCCAUAUUGUCUCUCUUCCCCCGGAGAUGUAACUGUGUACCAGCUAACUGUCAGGUAGAUUUGACACAAAGUCAAGGGAGGUAACCCUGUGACGAACUAGCAUCUUGCCCAGGGGGGACUAGAAUUGUAGCUUUGUGGUAUGAGAACCUGGAUUAGUUCUGGUGAUAUGGGACUCGAGGCGAGACUGUAACUUAUUUCUUUGGCACGCGUCCACCUUCAUUUUAGGAGAGCCAAGAGCUGAUUGUUAAGUGUCAGCAGCAGGAAAGGAAAAUAUCCAGUUGGAACAGACAAACAGACGACACCAGUGACGACAUUCUUCCCUCUGAUGUCCCCCCGGCCCCUCUCCUUGUAUACCGCAGCUCUGCUGUGUUGGUGUUCAAACCAGCUCCCUUCGAGCCAAAAACAGGAGAAAAGGUAUAUUGGCACUAACUGACUUCAGAUUUCUCCUUGCAAUAUAUUACUCGUUACAUGCAAAGGUUCACAGUUGCUCAAAACUUAGCCUCCAAAGCAGGCACAAUUUUGGCGAGCGAGUGUUUAGUGUUUUCUUGAGGAAAACUUUAAUAGCCAUCUUUAUUUAUUACAGCAGUGGAAGUGGAGAAGAGAAAGAAAUUUUUAUCAAGGGGGUUAACGACGGUCAAAAGAAAAUAGAGGGGAGGGGCAGGGGUCACAGAAAUUACUCCAACCUUUUCCUGCACCCCCCCUCCCCCCACCCCCUUCCCCUCACCGUCCACACUAAAUCAAACAUGGUAGAUAGGAUAAACAAUCACGAUCUUGUAACGUCAUAAUAAGACGCCUGCACUGCAGGCUAUUCAAAUCUCAAAUGACUUGUCUCAAGCCUCAGAAAUUACAAAGAGUGGGACUAGUUUAGCUUGUAAAACACCCCUCGUGUUUUUUCAGUUUAGCGGACGCGAACGUAAGGGUAGCGCGAAGUAGGCGCGAAUGGCGUUUUUUCGCUCCAGAGAGGUAGUUGUUCUGUCUCGCUUGCGGCGCGCUCUCGUAUUCUUGCUCGAAAAACGCCAAAAAUAGCGUGUAUUCUGAAGACAAGACUAGUUUUCAGAAUCUUUACGGUACAAGUACUAAACUUUAAAUUUACAAUGCCCAGAAACGAUCUCGUGUAUUAUGGUAUAAUUCUGACAUGUUUUUCUGUAUUUUAGGUGGCAUGGUAUCGACUCUUUGCAAGGUCGGCCAGCGGUAAUAAUGUUAAAGUCAGGCUCAAUGAUUAUCAGCUACCGGGGACUGGUGAAGAGGUAUUCUUUGAGUUUCUAAGAUAUCACUGUUGUUGUAUUACACAUGUGAAAUGAGAGGAUGUUGUUUAUGGAAGUAAUCACUGGUGUAGUGAUAGCACACUGUGUAAAUCCCAGAAACUAAGUGAUGUUAUCGGUUAGUCAUAUUAAAAGGAUUUAUGACCACAAGAAAUCUGUAAGGGCACCAAACAAAAACAAGUCAACUGCUUGAUGUGCAGAAAACUGAAAUGGUAAUCCAAUGUUUUUUUUCAAACGCCUCUCACUUGAAAUUUGUUUAAUUUUACUCAAACAUAACAACAAACCGCAGUUGUUCAAAGGAAUGACAACACCAUCCAAUGAUUAAAUCUCUAUGCGGUGGAUGGUGAAUACGUUUUCGUAAUUCCGAUCUGCGGGAUGUUGAUUUAUCCCUUGGAUAGCGUUAUCCGCAACUUUGAACAACUGGGGCCCAGUAAUUUUUCAAAUUGCUGCCACUUUUAGAUCCCAGCCACCGCUGACAUCAAGUUUUUUGUGCGUGGGCUUAAAGCAGAUGAGAAGUACAUGGCAGCAGUAGCAGCUUACAAUGAACAUGGUAAACUGAUCGGUGGAAGUGUUGGCUUAACAUGUCGACCUGUUCUUGCUGCUCAUCCAUUACCUACCCUCAUGGCGUGGGGGUAUUUAGCUCAGGUACGUGACAAGCUUCGGCGUGACAGUUAGAUCAUAUGGUAGGAAUACAGCGUGACGUACUGACAGAAUGAACAAGGAGAACUGCGUGACAAUAUACAGCGUGACAGGGAGAGCUGGGUGGCAUUGUACAGCGUGACAGGGGAUAGCCCAAGGCUAGAAAAAGUAUUCUUUGAAUUGAGGUGCUCUUUCAAUGAAAGUAACAGAUAAAGGUUAUAGAAACCCUGUUUCAUGUCGAAAUCAUAGUUCGUGUUUUUUAAAUGGGGUAGCCCUCGAUUAAAGGUGCGGCGAAAAAGAGGUUACACUGUGUCUCUAUCGCUAUACUUCAUGUACCACACACAAAGCCUGACAUGGAUGUCUCAAGACGUCAUUUGAAAUGAUACCCUGAAGGCGUAUUUCCUGUGUGAAGUUUUGAAUGCGUUGUUAUCUUGGCUUUGUAAUGCGAUGUGAUUUCCUUUCAUUUACAGCUCUCUUUUGCCUCGGGCGUGUUAUCAGUAGCUAAAUCUGCUGCGUCCGUUUUGUGGAAUCACUUUGUAAAGGAGCGUGAAAUCUAUGAAGAGAAUACCAAUAUCCAAACUGCCAGUUCCGAUUUGUGCAUCUCUCUACAAAGGUUGGUACUAACGUUGAACAAUUCACGUUUUAUUUACUUUUUAAAAUUAUUAAUAUAUACUUACAAGAGCCCUCUAUCCUUUAACUCUCAUGAGUGACCAAGACAGAAAUUCUCCCCACAAUAACGAUACAAUAUCAAGCAGACAAGUGAUGAGAAAAAAGAAAAAUAUAAGCGAAGGGUCAUUAUUUGAUCCAAUAACAAAUUCUCUGAACUAACAUUAUAAGAACUCUAUGGCAGACAGUAAGGAGAAUUACGUAUGAGAUCCAAGGAUUAAAAGAGUUAAUGGGCUCAGAGGUACUGAAUACAUCGAUAAGUAAGUGAAGUUAUUUAAUUUACUGUUUUGUAUUAUUUGGCAGAGUCGACGAGGACAGAUUGCGCGAAUGUUCACCUGUAUUGGCGAGACUCUUUCUCCAGAGUAUCUUCAUAUCCGUGGACAUUAGGAUCAGGGAGGGGCAUCUGUUCUGUGACUGUCUGUGUGAUAGUGGACCACUUUACAAUGGGCAGGUAAUUGUUUUGCGUUUAUUUUAUCAGAGAUUUCAAGUAUUUCUAAUUACCAAGGGUUUUAAGGCAAUUUGGCAGUCUUGCAUUGCACAUCCUUCCUGUAUCCCAAAAUAUUCACACUUGAUUUCACAAUAAAGGGGAUAAGUUUCUAAAGAAACUAACGCGUGUUAUUUAGUGUUAUUGAAAAUAAAUGGCGGCUUAUUCUCGUCGGAUCGUCGUAAAAAUGCUCACCAGAGUCGGAGCUCAAAUCGUCGUUUUCUCGCAAACGAGUGCGGUGACGUGUUAUUUGUGUCUCGUUCGUAGAAAUGAAUUUCUUUCCGUAAAAUGAAUAUAAAUAAAUUUUCAGAGUUGGAAAAGGAACGAUUUUAGGAAACGCCAACUCAUCAUGUACUCGAAAGUAUAACUGUUAUGUUAUUAUAGGAAUUGUAUGGGUCUCUACAAUAUACUGCUUCUGCUUCCAAAGGAGCUCAGGAACCCUCUCCCCCCUCCCUUUUUAUGGGUGAUUUUCUUCAGGAAUGACCUGUGUCAAGCUGCUGCUUAUUAUAUCAUAUCUCUUUAUGCAGGUUGCUCGCCUUGAAGAAUGUGAGCGUCUUCUUCUUGCAAUUCAAGUUUCCGGCUGGCUGAAUGACACUGCGCUUUGUUUACAAGCUGUUGUUCAGUGUUAUGGACUACUAGCCCCUUUAAUUCACCAAAAGAUUCCUGCUAAACCAGUUGUACAGGUUUGUGGAACAUUGUUUCUGUCUUAACUGAGAAAUGCAAGCUGUUAAAUCGAAGAUGUGGCCUGGAGCGCAUUUUUUCAGACCCUGCAUACGCUUUUUUAUGAAUACAACAUUAGUGGAAAUUGAUAAAUAUACGGUUUGUAUUUUUUUCAGGUUCUCCUCCGGUGUCAUGCUGUACUCCAAGAGGUCCCUUCACUGACGCGUCAUAGAAAGUCCUCGUCUACUUCUGACAGUUUGUCACACAUGAUCGCCACAAUGACUUAUUAUAUAGCCAAGGUAAUGAAGUAUAUUUUGUUCUUCAAGGAAAACACCACACAGGUAAGGAUAAGCUAAGCGGCAAGAAGUAUGGCGGAGGGUGGCAAAGAUUUUGACGGAUUGCAAAUUGAGAAAAUUAAAAACUUAAGGGUAAACCUUGAUCAGGCUCCCUUGAUUUUUAUUUCAAUUAAGUUUGAGAUGUCAGGCGUUUGGGAUGACGAAAUCUCGUGUGUUGCCGUUUAACAAUACCGCUUAUGCAUAUUGACACGUAACACGCCCUUGACACGCGUGCAAUUCCCAUACAUUACACGCGCCAAACACGCAUAUUGCACGUCUCUACACGAAUUUGCGUGUAGACCAUAGAACGCUUGUAAUUUUGCUACUUCACGUGUGUCAAUACACGCACUAGCGUGUUUUAUUUUCAUGAAUUACACGCGUUUGACGCGCGUAUACGUGCGGCAAUAAAUGUGAGUGGUAUUGUAUCUUUUGCAUCAGUGCAGGAAAUAUCCAUGGUUCUUUGGUGCUUGUGAUUCUUUUCAUGUUUUUUCGUGUUUAAACUCACAAUGACUUGAGGGCUCCUGUGUGACAUUUCAGAUAUUACAAAUGUGGAACGAGCAGGGAGUAGCUGGGGCCAUUAUUGAACUCGGCAAGAAAAUGCUUAAUAUCGAAACUGCCCCUGAUAGUGCUGGUACCAUGACAACCAUGCAAGCUGCUGCUGCAAUGGCAACCGCCACUCUGGGAGGACCACCACCGAGUAAAACCACCAAAAAGAAGCCUGGGGCGACUAAAAAGCCCAAAGGUGGAGGAGGCAAGGGACUGGGAAAACUUGAGAAGGAAGCCGCUGCCUUCACUGCUGACGCACAGAAUGAGGAGCUGAAGGCCUUGGAAGCCUACAUCUUAAAACUUAGUCAACAAGGUAAGCAUAGCACCGAAUCAGUUCCAUUUUUCCUCUUAAUUCUGAAAGCUAAUAGAAGAAUGAUCAAGCGAAUCAAUUUGUCGCGAAACUGCCAAGUACAAACAGAUGAAGUUUCUUACUUGCGCUUAUUAAAACCAAAUUGUACUCAAAAUCAUGUUAUUACCUAUACCAAAAUCAAUUUCCAUAUUAUUUCUGUGGAUUUAUAUUUACAGCUUUGAACCGUGAUGACGAGGAACUAACCGGCUCGGAAGAUCCAUCUGUCCUUCACUCAGUUGUUGCCAAUCUCCCCGCUCAACAAGCGUACAAAGAAGGUAAGUGAAGGGAGGGGCGCUAACGGAAACAUUUACAAGUUGAAGGCAUUUUUUGAUCCCCUCUGGCAAAAUAUUAGCCUCAGCCUUAUUUUAGCGCUGUGAAAUGAGAUGCAGUAAAAGAGCCAUAGUUUUCAAGACUGUCCUUCAGGGAUAAGAUCGAUAUUAAGUCCAAAAUCACAUGAACUCCUGAUCCAGUCCUAUAGUCGGACGAAAGACAAAUUUCGAGUAAUGAAUGACCGAAGACGAACUAAAAUAUUUCUUCAAUACCUUCCGCUAUCAACUUCCACGAACUUCACUUGAUAUUAACUUACAUUUAUUAUUGACUUCCACCUUUGGUGUCAAGACCUUUUUAUCACAGACAUCACACGUUAAAUCUGCUUUUCCACAGACUUUGAAGCUGCAUGAGCUAUCUGUUUGCUUUAUGUCUGACUGUAGAAUUGUCCAUCUUUUUAAGACUGGGAUGUUGAUUGGUACCUUGGUCUCGAUGAAUCCGUCUCAGCUGAAUGUUCAGAAGAAACUCUCUCUGAAGCAUCCUUUGUCUCUUCUGCUAUUGACUGACCGAGUGAGGGUUACACUCCUUAACCUCUCACAAUCUUUCUUGAAUGAUCUAUUCUUAGAGCGGAUCACCCGUUUUAUGGAAUCCUUUUGGGUGAAACCGCGCUUUGCAUGACUUGUGUAGUACUGAAUGUUUAUCUGUGGCUUUCUAUGGGGAUACAAUAAGUGCAACAUGUAGUGAAUGCUUUUGUUCUCCCAAUCUUGUCUUUGAGUCUGCGCAUUGCAUGCCAUUCCAUCCUCAACUGAACAGACCUUUGAUACAAAAUUAUCUUUCCUCUCCUUCGCUUCCUUCCUUGAGAUGCCAUGCAAUUCUCCUUAACUUUUGUACAUAUUUCUUUCAAUGCCAGUUCUGAGAAUUGAGCAUUACAUCAGAUGAUAAACCCCUCUCCAUAUCAAAGAGUGAUUUCAGAAUUUUAAUCUUUCCUUGUAUUCUUUAAUCUUUUUGUUUUGCUAAUAAUUUACAGUGUAAUUAUGUUUUCUGCCCGUCAGGCUCUUUUACGUCGAGACUGUCAAGGUCACCUUUUUAAAUUUAAAUGCCAAGAUAUCUUCAGUGUGAUCUUUCUGUUCUCUACAUUUAAUUUUGUAAUCACAAUCUCUCACAAUGUUCCUAACUGUUCAUUUGUGUUAUAAUGAAUAACGAAUAAAGCACAAGAUAACUUACAUUCUUGCUCUCUCCUCUUCUUUGCAUUUCCUUUUUGUCUAAUUAUGUUCCUGUUUUUGGCUGAUGUGUUUGUUUUCAAGCUUUAACAGUGUUACACUGUGAAUCUUUCUAGAGAAAAAAUAAAUCUGAUCUGUAAGCUUGGAAAUACUUUCUCUGCCCUUUAAAAAGGCAUCUUAAAUGAAAAAAGAUAAUUCUUCUUCACUUCCCAUUUACUUCAGAAACUUUUAACUUGAAUGAAGGGUCUUCAUCCAUCGUCUGUUCUUUCCUCGCCUUUUUCAAAGUGUUAUAUGGAUUGCAUUUUCUUGAAAUGGUCUUUUUCUGCUUCUUCUAACGAACUGAAGCCCCCCUUCAAAUGUGGCACGAACCUACCCCAUAUAAUUCGUGUUCUCGUUUGUGUUCUCGUUGGAGCGUGUACUGGUUUUAGAAAUGGACCAUCAACAUGCUUAUCGUCGAAUACAUAUUUACCCUUCCCUCCCUGCAGUACUCAAAUUUAAGAGGAGGACUCGCUUCCUGGGCUUUUAUGUCCAGGUGUUGGCUAAAGCUCUUCAAGAGGGUCUGACAGAAACAGCUCUAGAUUGGACCAAUGAUACCAUGACGUGGAUCGUGAGGUGAGCAAGUGGUGACAUCUGGUAACAGAUGAAAUCACUUUAAACAGUGCUAGUGGAAGGGUCAUGUUGAUUUUGUCACGUGGGUAGAAGCAAAAGAUUGUGCUUUACACAGCCGUAACAAUAUUUAAAAUGCGUUUAUUUUUAUUUUGGGUCGUUUUCAAUUGUCACUUUUUUUAAUGAAAAUGUGACCUUUAACUUGGUAUGAGAGAGUAGAAAAACGUCAAGGAGCCUAAAAUUAACCUAAAAGGAACAAAGUAAUUUAGUAUUAUCAACCGAGUCGAUAAAAGACGAUGAGGAUUGACCUGGAUUGCAGUGGGCAAUCCCUAGAAAUGUAGGAUACCAAGCCUAUAAACAGGCUCUGGUUGGAAGGGCUGAAGAAGAACUAUAUUCAAGUGAAGCGGCGCGUUAUAUAAAGCGUUUGCGAUGUAACGUCCUUCUAUCUCUUUGUAGGAGAAAUGAAAUGCUGUUGGCAAACAAACCCACCAUAGUUCGUCAAGCGGCUGCUACAGCUGGACCAGAAGAAGAAAAAAUUAAGAAAUUUGCGACUGCUAUUGUUGAAUUUAGUAAGGUAAAGAGUGACUAGCGUCUACUUUCUUCUUUCAGCAGCACUCUUGAAUCAGACAUAAAGGGUCGAGAGAGGAAAAGAGUUUUUUAUUGUAAACAAAUUCUCAUUUCAGUGCCAUGGUAUUAUCUUUGUUUGUUCUUAUGUUUGAGUGUUUUUUUUUAUAUGGUUCAUAUUCAGCCCCCCACGAGAAGUCCACAAAAAACUCGACAGGGCGAGACUAAAAAUGAGGAUAAAGAGGAAACAGAGAUUGUUGUGCGCAACAAGCAAGAGACUGCGUCCAGACCCCCGCAGUCACAGAAAAAGUCUGUAGUGCCCAGUACCGUAUCGAGAAAGGUAUGUAUCAUUCACGUUUGCGCAAAGCGUAGGGAAACGUGAGUGACCGAGUCCUGAGUGGUUUGACAUUUGAUUGAUUGAUAGGGUGGCGCGAGUUUUCUAGACCAAUUACUGAGCGAGGUAGAGCUAAAGUGAUGUAAUCUUGGAUUGCUUUCGACACUCCUUGUAAAUUUCUCUAAUUACGUAACUAUUCCACGUAACUACGAAAGCUCCAAAAUAGCUGCUUUAAAAAUUUCUUACAAGUGUGUUAAAUUGUGCCGGAAUAUGUCUUUGUUUGAUCUUCUUUUGAUUAAAUAGCUUGACCAAUUUAAAAGAGUUCCGUGGAAUAAAUUCUUGAUAACUUAAAGUAAGCACGUAGUGAAGAGGUAAUGUUUCCCUCUGUGACAGGCUCGGAGAUUCAAAGGAAGAACAGCUGAAGAGGUCGACAUCUUUAACGUGAGUACACCGUGAGAAACGAGACAAGCGUUUUUGGAAGGUUGUUUGGUUUGUUGUUCAUAUGUCUACCCGUUUGAUACCUGCUGGUUUUCAGAGUUGUUUCUCUUUUUGGAGGGAGGAAAGAUCUUUUUCUUCUUGUUUCGAUUAGUCGAUUUGCUUGAAAGACGCGUUUACCUUGUGACGUUCGAGAUCUGACGGGUCACUGUGUUGUGUUUCUGGGCAUAACUCUAAAGUUACAGUACCCCUCCCCACCCUGUAGUAUAAAUGGGUACCAAACUCUCAGGGAAUGUUUACAAACCACUGAGGAGAUAAACUGAGAUGGACAGGUAAUCCAUUUGGCGGGGGGGGGGGGAAGAGGAGGGGGAGUAGCGAUACCCCUCGUCACUUCAAGUCUCAGAAACUGAGAUGUUCUCAGGCACCGAUGGACCAGUACAAAUCAUAAGCCUUUCUCUUUUACGAUGACUAUAUUUCUUACACGAAUGAUUUAUUCUCGCUCUUUCAAGGCGAUCGAACGACUUCAGGGCUUUUUGCCGGAAUACUGGCGAUCAUCACAGCGAAGAAAAAAGCUACGAGCCGUCAGCUGCGAAGAAUUGCCAUGGAGAGCCCAGGUGCAGAUUUGUACAAAUAUGUUUUGAUGCUAGGUGACUAUGGGAAUAAACAUUCAAGAAUAAAAAUUCUUCGCUUAUGAUGAGGUGGAAGGAAAGAUCAAUGUUCAUUCAAUCUGUUCUGAUUAGGCGGGGCUCGGCUUGGGUGGCGUAAUACCCCCUUAUUUUUUCCGCAAGUGUGGUCAUUGCCUUAAACGCAAUGUCACAGGGCUGUCUUUCAGUGCUGGCAGCGGGUCAAAACCGUCGUUUAUUCUGGCACCUUAAGCCGGCUACUAUGACUUUAUUCUAGUAUUAUUGCUGGUGAAACAUCGUUAAAUUGCUAAAAUGCCACUAAAGGAAUUUGGACAACAUCUAUAAUUCAGCUUUGUGUGGAAUUGAAUGCUCAAUUUACCAGUAACAGGAUUAGAGGUACACUUGUAUGAACCGAUUCUGCGUCUUAAAACUGCUAUAAGGUUCGUGCGAACUUCUUAGAACGCCUGGGACAUUUAAACUGAACAGUUCCCGGUAUUGCGUGUAAUCUGACGCAACAAAAUGGCAUCCAUAGUAACCUUGCCGCCUAGUAUUUCUUGUUGCCUUCAACUUUCAACCUGAAUGUAGCCAAAAAUGGUUGCUUAAUGAUCGGGCGUGAUAGCCAAGCGAAAAAUAGAGGGUCUCUUUACUGAUAGCCUUAUCGUUGUUCUCCGUUUUCAUCAUUUUUCAGAUGGGAAUUCUUCUGGCGGGUGCAAAUUUUGAUUUGUUUCUUGACAAAGUGGAAAGUGGGCAACGUUUGGCAGAUGCAGGAGAUGCCGAAAACCCGUUAUACAGGUUUGAUACACAAGUUUGUCAAGUUUGAUUUCUUUUACCAGUCCUGUAGUUUACAACACCAGCAGAUAUCAGUAACAGACAUGUGAAUAUCUCCUUCUUCGAUCUUAGGACGCUGUUGGAUUUUUUAAUUUCCAUUUUUAUUUCCUAGGCCUUCGUAUAUGGAUCCUGAUUGGUUUGGCUAUGCUACAUCCGGGACCUUAAUAGUGUCGUGGGCUGGUGCAUCAAGAAGAGCCUCACCCGAGCCCCCCAUGGGUUUUAGCGGAUCAGCGAGGGAUACGCCAUUUUCUCAGCGUGCUCCAACAGGGUCGCGGUCACACCCUCGGGAGGGGACCAGGUAAGUAUUAGAACUUGUAGAAUCCCUUCACAGCCUCCCUUAAGUACCAUGUGUCGUACUGUUGGUGAAUAAAAAAGUUCCAAUUUUUGUUCUUCCCUUGUUGUUGUUGUUGUUUUUUUUGUUCUUUUGAAUGGUCUUGGUGUGUUGAUUGACUGAUUCCCUCACUUGUUUUUUUACUCGCUGAAAGACUAAAUGAAUGCUCUAUCGAUCGAUUGAUGAAAAGUUUGACUGUCCGUCAGACUGAUUGAAUGAUUGACUGACAUGACACUUUGAUCAAACAGGACUGGUAGCAGAGUGACAGGGGUCACCGGAAGUGAAGGUUCCACCGCAAGCAAGUCACCCAUGUUCUUCCUGCUCUCCGCGCUGGAUCAUUUAUCACGAGCCAUUGUAAGAACAAAAAUUCAGUUUUAUUAAAACACUUCGAAGAAUAAUUCAUUACCUUUUUCAGAAUCUCCGUCUCAAAAAUUGGUUAGGCUCGUAUUCAAUUGUUGCCUGUAGGCCCAGUACUUUUCACGCAAAAUCCCUCCCUAGCAGUAACACUCGCAAGGUGAACUUGUCUCGCGGCGUUUUCGUUGUAGCAAGUCUCACUUUUGAUUCGCGACUUGGCCACCCGCGUUUACCCGCGCUCUGAGCAAUUUGCUUUGUUUUAAUCUGAAUUCUUAUUGGUUCUUAAGGGUAUUUACCUCUCUUCUCAUUGUUGUUGUAAUGACUUUGGUUUUCUGACACUCAAUUGAAAGCACUUUAAUUGUACCCGAUUGUAAAGCGCUCCUUAUGUUGGAAAUAGUUUCACCUGUACAUCAACCAAUUAUCCUCACAGAGUUAUUCAACGUGAUUUAUCACUUCAAACGUAAGAGUGAUUGGCCAACGAUAUAUUUGUAGGUAUUGACUUAUCGUGGCAAGUACUGGAUCAUGCUGCAGAACGCCUGCCGGGCUCUAUGGAACAUGACUCAAACGGUGCUCAUGCGAGUCGUGGCAGGAACGCUCCACCUCGCUGAGGACCCUUUGGCUGAAGGAAUCACUGAUAUCGAUGUUCUGAGAAAGGCCCUGUGGCAGAAGUUCUAUUUCGGGGCCGACAGGUUGUUGGACAUGAUGGUUUUGAUUCAAGACCAGGCAAAAAUAGAAUCUGAACAAAAUAAAAAGGUAUGAAUCUUUGGUGUAGUUGGGGAGAGGGGGGGAAGGGCUGGAGGACUUUGGCUUUGUCUCAUUUAAAUUCACCUGACCCCUUCCCCUCCCCCCCAACGCGUUGUUGUAUUUAAAUGAUCCCUUCAUUUGCAGUCAAUUACCUUUAGUCCCCCCUCCCCCUUAACACACUGUUAGCCUAAUCCCCCUCUGUUCCCCCUGAAAACCAUGUUAACCCUCCUAAUUCCCCUCUUCCCCCCCUGCCCCCCCCCUCUUUGCAUUCCGACUAUACCAAAUGUUGAUUCCUCGUCAUCGUAACUCUCGGUGACCGUGAAUUUGGUAGAUAUUAGCGUGGCAUCCUCGCUGCCUUCUAACGUGACUCAUUCUCCCCUUUUUUCAAUAGCGUGACAAAGUGAAGAGGGGAGAUCUGGUGAUUAAUGAGAAGCAAGGCCUGAUGGGAGGAGUUGAAGAUGAGAGAGGUGGAGCGAGUUUGUUGUUUGAGAUACCGCUGGACAACUCGAAUGUUGCAGACACUCGCUGGCUGAAGAGGUUUAUACUCUACGCAGUGGAGAUGUUGUUCUACGAGAGGAAAUGGGAAAGGGCUGUCAGUAUCAUCUUGAGAUUCAAUGCGCUAACCAGGUAAGAAUAAAAUGAGGAUCUACUAACGUUUCAUAUUUUAGCUUUUUUUUUUAAGGUGAAUGUCGAAAGUAGCCGGAAUUACAUCGUUUAUCUCUUUACCAACCACAUGACAUACUCAAAUUUUGGAAAAAAGUCUUGGAAUACUUCUGUUACUUCUUUUCUCCUUUCAAUCCUUCCACUUUUUCUCACUUUCGGUAUUCAUUUUGCCUCUUUGAUCGUUGGCUUUGCUUUCAACUGUGUCUUGGUCCUUAUUUUUUCGCGUCAUAUAAGGCCCUCUGUUCUCUUUACAUCACCUGUGAUACUGGUUAGGAGGAUUUGUUUGGCAAUCAGCAGCUUCUUGAAUUGGAGGCCAUUUCGUUUAUUCUCAUGACCGUUACACUGAAUUAAAAAAUUAUCCUUUAGGAAGAAAUUAAAAGCCGGUCACUUACAGUAGUAAAAUGGUUAAUUUGAUUUUUUAUUGACUCCUUGUUCGGAUUGGCUGUUCAACGCAGACGAACCUUUUUAUUUUGAAAAGUGCUAUUUGAAAACUAUCUCCUUCGUUACCUUAAAUUUGUUUAUUGAUUCUCCAGUGCAUGACAUUGCUCAUGACACUAGUGUGACAAUUUAUCACCUUUAAUGCAAGGAGAAAGCGUGAGCUACUUGCAAGGUUUUCAGCAGAGGUACGCCGCCAUUCUGACGCAACUUUCUCGUUUGUUCCCAGGAGUCGUUAUGCCGAGUCAGUGCUACCUCUCCUUAUCGUUGCACAACGAAAACUUCUGGAGCAAAUCAAUGACCAUGGUGGUCCGUCAGGAGUCAACCUCUCAUCACUGUCUCCAAGGAAACGGGUAUUGCUGAAGAGUUUUUUAUAAAGCCGUCAGAGUACAUGUCAAUUGAGCCCGCGGUGCAUAUUGAUCCUGAAGGCCAUGAUGUAUACCGCGGUAGUUUGGACGCGCUGAGACUCGUCUCAGUCCCUCUGGAUGUGAAUAAAAGCCUCCAGGCUCUGCACCAGGCUCUUGAGUUGAAGCAUCACACUGCGCGGUCUCUAGAUCACAGUCGACAGCUUUUGUUGUGUUACCUCGCGGGCCAGCAGGAAGGUGAGAGAACAUGAUAUGCAAGUAAAUGUAAAAGCAGUGGAUGGAAUCGCUCUAAUGAAACAUUGCUCGUCGUUGUGAUAACAACGGCUUUUGUAUAACGAUGUAAUGAAAUGUUCCCUCCCUAGGCGGGACAAGCACCCGUGUGCAGCGCGGGUCAUCCCGUGUCGGGUUCUUACCGAGCCAAGUGAAACCUCCCACAGAUGUUCCACUGGAUUUAACGAAAGAAACGUUUGACUCUGUGGAGGAUGUGCAAACAUUCACACUUCAACCAUCGCAAUUGGCUGUGGUAAUUGCUUCCUACGAUAAGACAAUUGGUAGGCUUCAUAAAAUAGAUUUGUCUCUAAAGUGAUUAGCGUGUUUAGGGUUUAAAAUGCAAGUCUGUGUAAAAGUGUUUUUCUGUAGCUUUUCGGUAAAUGAUGGCACAGUUUGAUGUUCAUAAACCCGUCAACCCCUAAGAGUGACAUCUAAUUUCUUUUUACUGUAUCGCCCUUGAAUGAAAUGAAUAGGUCAUGAGUACAAAAGGAAAUGAUCACCAAUUUAGGAAGCUCCUGAUUGGCAAACAAAUUCUCCUUACCAGUACCAUAGGAAAUGCUAAGAGAACAGAGAGUUGAAUAUGUAUGAUCAUGUGAAGGAGUAAAGGGUUAUCUUAAUCACCAUCUUGUGAACAAUAUUACACGGAAGUACUCUCACACACAAGAGAUUUAUCCGCAGAUUUAAAAGUUGAAAGCAGGAUAAACAGCACCACAAAAAAAUUAUUUUCCAGAAGCUUUGAUAUAUGAGAUCAUUCGAGAGGGUUUUAUCAACAGGCUUAAAAGCCAGAGCCACCCGGAGCGGCAGCUGAGUGGAAUUGUUAACUUUAUGUUUGUUCUUCACAGAAAUGUUACAGUUUCGCAAACAGAAGAGUCUGGCUGCCCAAGCUAUGCACGAACUGGGUAACAUAAUGUUUCACAGUGGGAAUAUUAG